AUGAAAAUAUAUACCAAUAUAUCUAAAAGUUUUCUUAUUUUCUUUCUCGUAGUUUUAACUUUGUGUGGUAACAGCAAUGGGUACAAUGUUCAUUUACCAAAUAAUUGGCCGAGUCCCUGGAGUGACGGAAUUAUACCAUUUACCUUUAAUUAUUUUUCAUUAAGUCCAAGACGUCUUAUUAGCGUUGUGAGAAAAGGCUUAGACCAUAUCCAAGAGCGGUCAUGUCUCAGGUUUAUCGAACGAGACCCGAUGGAGGUAUCAAGAAUAAUAAACUUUACGUAUCUUUUCUUUAGUUACUCAGAUGCUUUGGAAAGUUGUUGCCUUGAAUACUUCACAAUGGCUUACGGAAGAAGGCUCACACUCAUAACGCCGAGGUGUAUGAUGCCAGCAGAAGUAGCUCAUGCAACCCUGCACGCGAUGGGCUUGAACCAUUCAAAACAUUCAAGAUUUGAUACAAAGGCGGUUGAAUCUGUUUUAUUUCCAAUAAGUUGUGAUCGAGGAAAACAUAAAUAUAAACCAUAA